UGGAAUUGCAUCACCGAGCCAGCCUGCUCGAGUUCUAUAAAAGCCCAAACAGUUAGUGCAAGGGUCAACAGUAAAGUGCUGAGACCUCAAGAUGCACCUACAGGAACUGUUAUUGGUCGUGGCUGUGGUGCUGCCGCAGGGCUUGAGGGCGCUUCGCUAUAGCCAGGGCACCGGCGACGAGAACUGCGAGACUCUCAAGUCCGAGAUUCAUCUGAUCAAGGAGGAGUUCGAUGAGCUGGGUCGCAUGCAGCGCACCUGCAAUGCGGACGUCAUAGUCAAUAAAUGCGAGGGCCUCUGCAACAGUCAGGUGCAACCGUCUGUCAUAACUCCGACGGGGUUUCUGAAAGAGUGCUACUGCUGUCGCGAAAGCUUCCUCAAGGAAAAGGUCAUUACCCUGACCCACUGCUACGACCCGGACGGCACGCGCCUCAACUCGCCAGAGAUGGCCACCAUGGAUAUCCGCCUGAGGGAGCCCACAGAUUGUAAAUGCUUCAAGUGCGGCGAUUUUACGCGCUAA